AUGUCUCAGGGCACCGGCAGCACGCCGGUCCUGCACGCAGUCCUGCUGCUUUGCGUGUUUUCGGCUCCGCUUUGGGCCUACGUGGAUGAGCUGGAUGACACUUUGUUGGAGACCAGGCAACCAGACGACAUUUGGCUGAUUAAAUUUUACGCUCCGUGGUGUCUGUUAUGCAAGGAGCUUGAUGCGACGUGGCAUCAUGUGGGUUCUGAGCUGAAGAGCGUCGGGUCGCCGGUCAAUGUGGGGAAAUGCGACGCCAUCGCAAACAAGGGAUUGGCUAAAGAGUUCAAAGUUUACAGUUAUCCCGCCAUUGUCAUGUGGAAGAACGACGUCAAGUAUGUUCAUUCCGGACCCCGAACGAGUGACGCCAUCGUGGAUUUUGCUCACCGAGUUAGCGGUCCACUGAUUCGACCUUUGACCAGCGUGGAGCUCUUCCAAGACGCUAUGCGUCGCCACGACGUCUUGUUUGUUUAUAUCGGAGCAUCGUCGCCACUCAAAGGCGUCUACUCAUCCGUGGCUGAGCAGAUGAUCGUGUCCACCUUCUUCUUCUCCGCCAGCAGGGAAGUCCUGCCCAAGGGCACGUCGCUUCCCGCUCUUCCGGCUGUAGCGGUUUUCAAAGACGGGAGCUACCUUUGCUACGAUGAGGCUAGCGACGGCUCGCUGAUGGCUUGGGUUAAACGAGAGAAAUUCAAAAACUAUGCGCAAGUCGACAACUACAUGCUCUACCACAUGGGGGAUUCGGAGAAACUGGUCCUCUUGGCCAUGUUGGACGAUGCCCACAUGAGCCCGCAAAAUCUCAGGUACAAAAAUCUGGUCAAGAAAGUUUCACGGGACUACAAAGAUGUCUACAGCAGAAAAGUUCACUUUGGCUUCAUGGUGGGCGCCGAGUACAUCAACGGACUCAUCAUGGGCAAGCUGAGCCUCCCCGCUGUCGUCCUCUUGAAUCUGUCCACUGACAGCUACUUCCUGCCGCCGGCGUCGCUGGAGACGGAACACCACCUGCUGGAUUUUAUGGAUCAGGUUUUGAACGGCAGCAUCCAAGCUAGCGGAGGAAACGGAGUCAUUCAGCGAGUCAGACGCUUCAUUUACGAAAUCAAAGUCACGCUCUCGCCGCUGUUGACGGAGGCACCUUUGCUGUUCUUCUUCCUGUUGGGCUUCCCGUUGGCGCUUUUGAUCACGGUGUGCUUCCUGUGCUGGAAAGCCCGACAAGGGGGCCAAGACGACGAGGACGACGACGAUGGGCAGCCCGUCUCUUCUCGGAGACUAAAUGCGCAUCAAAAGUCCGACUGA